GUCAUCACUGUCAUGCACCUAACUGACAUGUUUUUCCGUCAACUCUGACAUCAAGACAACUUUGUCCGUGCGCUUGUAUUUCUCGCCGAGAAACUGAGCGUUGAACACACCGACGGGGUCGAUGUCCAAAGACAGCCGCCACGAUGGACGGCGGCGCGGCGCUGGGCAGCACCGUCUCGGCCCGAGAGUCAGCCAAGGCGGAGACGGGAGGGAGAGGUCCGGCAGUAACAGCUCUGGCUCCUCGCAUGGAGGAGGCAAAAGCAAGAAUGCAUCCAUAACCGCUUUAAAGGCAUCUUUUCAGCGCUCCAACAGCCAUGACAAAGUGCGGAAGAUAGUAGCUGAAGAGGGCCGUGCUGCUCGAAACCUGAUUGCCUGGAGUGUCCCUCUAGAGAACAAAGAGGAGGAAGCAAAGUCCAAAAGUAACUCCAGUGGCACUUCCAGAGCCCAGCGGAUCAAUGCUGGUCAACAAAGGAAUAAGAAACAGAAUGCUGGCGUGGAAAGUAAAGGCACAACUAGUGCCUUGUUGGACAAGGGAGCUGAGAAGAGUCCCACCAAAGCAAGACAGCCCCGCAAGGUGGACCUGCGCGCACGUUACUGGGCGUUCCUCUUCGACAACCUGCGUCGGGCAGUGGACGAGAUUUACGUCACCUGUGAAUCUGAUCAGAGUGUUGUAGAAUGCAAGGAAGUGUUAAUGAUGUUGGACAACUACGUGCGGGAUUUCAAAGCUCUGAUAGAUUGGAUUCAACUGCAGGAGAAGUUGGAGAAAACAGAUGCCCAGAACAGGCCUACUUCUUUAGCUUGGGAGGUACGUAAGAUGUCUCCAGGACGUCAUGUGAUGCCCAGCCCCUCUGCCGACAGGAUGGUUCCUUCUCCAGGUGCACGUCGCACUCUCAACUUCGGUGGCCCUCCACCUACACUGGCUGCAGCCCGGCUCUCCCACACAGGCCCCAGCUGGGCAGACCGAGUGAAGUGCACUCAGUCAUCCCCUAACUCCAGUCAAAUGAACACUUCUCCAGUAGAAAAACCAAGUAAAAAGGAUGCAGAGGGCUGGGAGACUGUCCAGCGAGGACGCACUGCCAAGCCACGCUCUGCUGCCAUAGUUGCCAAGGUCAGUCCUGUGUUGGCUCAUGUCACACCAAAACAGGACCGCGCCAAGGAUAACCAGUUACAGCUGCCCCCACAGGAAGAGCAACUGCUCUGUCCUCAGUGCCCCCCGGACAAGGACGUGACCCAGAUGGACACUGAGCAGCAGCAAGUCCCUGCGGAGCCUCAGCCCCAGGAGGAGGUUGGACAUUCAGACAGCGGGCACAUGAUGGAGCCCCCUGCAGAGAGUGUACAAGAUUCGGGGCAGUGUGUCGACGCACCCUGUGAAGACGCGCCUCCCCCCAUAGCAACUAUUACCCCUUCCCCAGCCCUAGAGCCCACCCCAUCCCCAGCCUCAGUCCCACCAACAGACAUUACCUUAUCAGUCCCAGUCCCUGCUCUGGCCUUCUCCACACCACCAGAUCUACCCCAGACGGAUGGGCUUGGUGCACUGUUGGCCUUGGGGGACAGUGGGGCUGAGGGGGGCGCGUCGCAGGGCAUGGCCACAUCUGCUCCAGGACAGGCUGAGACUCCCAUGGCAGCGGUGAAACUGGAGAGUGUGCUGGACCCCACAGAGCUUUCUACUCCCCAGUCCAUGGCAGAGGUCUUGGCCAAGAAAGAGGAGUUGGCCGACCGACUGGAGAAGGCCAAUGAGGAAGCGAUUGCUAGUGCUAUCGCAGAAGAAGAGCAGCUGACCAGAGAAAUUCAAGCUGAGAACAACGACCUGGAGACUGACAAUGAAAGUGACUUAGCUAGCAUGGGCAACGGAGGAUGUGGAGUCAAUAUGGAUUGGAGUGACAUGCUGGCAGAUUAUGAUGCUCGGGAGCCAUGGCGUCAGAGUACCUCAUGGGGGGACAUAGUAGAAGAGGAACCUGCCAGACCUCCUGGGCAUGGGAUCCACAUGCAUGAAAAAUUGUCCUCACCAUCACGCAAAAGAACCAUUGCUGAGUCAAAGAAGAAACACGAGGAGAAACAGCUGAAGGCACAGCAGCUGAGGGACAAACUCCGGGAAGAAAAGACACUCAAACUGCAGAAACUUUUGGAGAGGGAGAAGGAGGUGAGGAAAUGGAAGGAGGAGUUGUUGGAGCAACGUCGGAGGAUGAUGGAAGAAAAGUUGUUACACGCAGAGCUAAAGCGAGAGCUGCAGCUCCAGGCGAUUGUGAAGAAGGCCCAGGAAGAGGAGGCCAAGGUGAAUGAAAUUGCCUUCAUCAAUACUCUGGAAGCUCAAAACAAGAGGCAUGAUGCCUUGGCUAAGUUAAAUGAGUACGAACAACGCCUCAAUGAGCUGCAGGAGGACAGACAGAGGAGACAGGAAGAGAAGCAGGCCAGAGAUGAGGCUGUGCAGGAACGUAAACGUGUGCUGGAGGCAGAGCGGCAGGCACGGGUGGAGGAGCUGCUCAUGCGGAGGAAGGAACAGGAGGCUCGCAUUGAACAGCAGAGGCAGGAAAAAGAGAAGGCCAGAGAGGACGCAGCACGGGAAAGAGCCAGAGACCGAGAGGAGCGUCUGGCUGCUCUUAGUGCUGCUCAACAGGAAGCCAUGGAGGAGCUGCAGAAGAAAAUUCAAAUGAAACAUGAUGAGAGCAGCCGUAGGCAUAUGGAGCAAAUCGAGCAGAGGAAGGAGAAGGCUGCUGAGCUCAGCAGUGGCCGACAUGCUAACACAGACUACGCCCCCAAACUAACACCGUACGAACGCAAGAAACACUGCUCUCUGUGCGGGGUUGUGAUCACCUCAGAGGUGCACCUGUUCAGCCACACCAAGGGAAAGAGGCACCAACAGGCAGUGCGAGACAGUAGCAGCAUCCAGGGACGGGAGCUCUCUGAUGAGGAAGUGGAGCAUCUUUCCUUGAAGAAGUACAUUGUGGAUAUUGUGACGGACAGCUCUGUUUCUUCUGAGAGCGUGAAGGAUGGGGAAGAGAGGCAGAAGGCACGGAAGAAGGCAAAGAAGCUCCGUGCCAGGAUGAACUCCAGGGCAAAGGAAUAUGAGACAUCAAUUGAGGCAAAGACACUGGUCCCCGACUCCCCAUACAAGGCCAAGUUACAGCGCCUGGUGAAGGACCUGUUGAAGCAGCUGCAAGGCCAAGACAGUGGCCAGUGGGCCAACAACAGAGUGUCUGGUCUGGACCGAACGUUGGGAGAGAUCUCUCGUAUUUUAGAGAAACAGAACAAUGCAGACCAAGUGGCCUUCCAAGUGGGCGGCGGCCUGUCGGCUCUGGAACAAAUUCUGCAGGUCGUUGCUGCUGCUUCCACACCCACUGCAGUUCCUCGUAUUCCUCUCAAAUCUCUCUGUGCUGCUGUAAAUACCUACUACCUGGCAUGUUCCUGCUGCCCUCUCAACUGCUCCUAUGUGCUGUUCAGCAACAAGAUUGCGCUCCUCAUGGACCUGCUCCUACAUCAGCUAACACUUUAUGUCCCAGAUGAGGACAAAUCCAUUUUUGGGCGCAGUGUGAGCAAACAGGUCUUUGAGGGUUUGACCACAGGCCUGUUGCAGACCAUAGCUACCAUCCUGGGGUCGCUGUGGCCACAUAUCUCUGAGUCUGGACAAGGCGAAAACACAUGGAUUUCCUCCCCAGAUGCCAAGGUCAAGAGCUCUGCCACAGACUCCUUCAACACUCGUACACAAGACCUAAUCAGCUACGUAGUAAACAUGGGUUUGAUCGACAAACUGUACGGGUGCUUUCUCUCAGUCCAAGCUCCUGUGGACGAGCAUCCCAAGAUGUCUUCUUUCCUCCAGCAAGCUUCAGCUCUGCUGCACAGCAUGUGCAAGUUGUGCUUUGUUGUAACUGGACGUGCUCCCAGUAUAUUUGACAAUAAGCGCCAGGACCCAACUGGAUUGACUGCUCUGCUGCAGUCCACAGACCUGGUGGGAGUGGUGCACACCCUGUAUUGUAUCCUGCUGCACAGUUUCUCACCAGAGUCUGCAUCCCAGAGUCAGGAGCCCUAUGGCCCUGGGGUCAUCCAGGUGGCUUUGCAAGGCAUCCGCUUCCUCAACAGUUUUGCCCUGCUUGACCUAUCUGCCUUCCAGUCUGUUCUAGGAGCUGAGGGCUUGUCUCUUGCUUUCCGGCAUGUCGUCAGCUCCCUGCUCUGGUACUGUACUCAGCAUUCCUCUGAAGAGUUGCUCCAUGAAGUCAUCAUCUGUGUCGGAUACUUCACUGUCAACCACCCUGACAACCAGGUGAUAGUGCAGUCUGGCCGCCAGCCCAGCGUGCUGCAGAAACUGUGUCAGCUGCCCUUCCAGUAUUUCAGCCACCCGCGCCUCAUCAGAGUGCUCUUCCCCUCCCUCAUCUCGGCCUGCUACAACAACUCUCAGAACAAGGUCAUCCUGCAGCAGGAGAUGAGCUGUGUACUUCUGGCUACGUUCAUUCAGGAUUGUGCUGCAAAUGAGAAAGAAUCUGCCAAUAAAACGAAGCCAGCAGUUUUCCAGCUGCUGGAUUUCUGUGAGUUGUCCAAUCGCUUUCCUCAAGAUCAGUGGGACUCAGCGCUGCAGUUUUUUCUGAAGAAGCAGGAGGAGUGAUGGACACACACAUUGUCCUCUGGAUGAAUAAGCACAGUAUAAACACUACAAAAGAGACUGAGAUGUGGAGGAAUUUUCUGAAUUUUGUUUUUUCACUUUCCUGACUUGAAGUCUGCACAUUGGUAAAUAAUAUUGUUCAUCAAACGUUUGUCAAAUGUAAAAUUUGUGAAGCUUUAUCCUUUGUCGAUGUGUCUGUUUUGGUAUCAUGGAAAUCAGAUUGAUGUUUGUGAGGAAUUUGCACAAAAGACGUUUAGUUUGUUCAUUGCAGUUACAACACGCACACAACUGUUUCAUGUAACGUCUAAACAAGCCAUUUGUUUCGGUUGUAGAUAGAAAUGAAUAAGUUUUCACAGCAGCAAGGAUCUAAACCUGAAACAUUUACUGAUACUGUAAUUAAUAACUUGCCAAACAUUUUUAUAGAUACUGUGUUUGUGUUAAUUUAUUGCAUUUGUCUCAUUUUUUGAAUGUGAAUGACUGGAGUUGUCUCUGGUCUGAGUAAUGCCAGUUACGAGUUACAUGACCUGCCUUGUGUUCAGAUUAUAUUUUCAAGUUCACACCUCUUCUCUCUCUCUCUCUCUCUCUCUCUCUCUCUCUGUUAGGAGACACUUAACAAAUUAAUAUAAUUUAUUGAGUUAUUUACCUUUAUCAUAUAAAAUAAAAAUAAUUAUGGUUAUGUGAUUAUGUGUCAUUGUUCUUUGGUUUUGUUCUGUGUACAAAUGUAUGUAUACAUUUAAAGUGAUAUCUUGGGUGUGACUGAACCCGUUUGUUAACAUCUAUACUGUUGUUCUCCUUGGCUUUGGCUUUUCGGUAAAUCUUGUUUAAGCCCUCAUGAAUUUAUACAA